AGUCGCGGAUUUAAUCAGCUCGCAUUUCACAGCGACCAACCUGCGGGAGCAGUCGCAUCCGUGUGGCCUGGGAGGAUGCUGAAGCCGCUGAACUUCCUGCUGAUCCCCUUGCUGCUGGCCGGAGCAGCGGACAAGGACAGUCCUGAGAAAGGGGGCAGCAAGGACAAUUACCUGGAGGAUGGGCAGUGGCUGUCCGGGGUCUCCCAGUACAGCCAGCAGAUCAAAGACUGGAAUCGCUUCAGAGACGAAGUGGAGGAUGACUACAUCCGAAACUGGGAUCAGAAGACUUUUGAUGAAGCACUGGAUCCCACCAAGGACCCCUGUCAAAAGGUGAAGUGCAGCCGACACAAAGUGUGUAUCUCCCAGGGCCAGCUGAAGGCCAUGUGCAUCAGUCGCAAGAAAUUACAGCACAGAAUCAAGCAGUCUUCCCUGGGGCACGUGGACAACACUUGCAAGCCAUGCCAAGCAGAUCAGGUGGAACCUGUGUGUGGCUCAGAUGGUCACACCUACUCAUCGCAGUGUAAGCUGGAGCUACAGGUCUGUCUGACUGGGAAACAGCUCAACCAGCAGUGUGAAGGCAAAUGUCCAUGUCCAACAGAACGCACUCCGACCUCUGACCCUGCAAGCAAGUCAGCUGACUGCACCGGCCAGGAUUUGGCAGAUCUCGGCGAUCGACUCAGGGACUGGUUCCAGUUGCUGCGUGAAAAUGCGAAACAGAACAGUUCAGGGAGACCUGGGAGCAGUGCAUCCAGUGUGUUGGAUAAGAAUAUGGUGGCCAGCUGCAGGGAUUCGGUCGGUUGGAUGUUUUCCAAGCUGGAUACGGAUGUGGACCUGUUCCUGGAUGAGGCAGAGCUUGCAGCCAUUAAUCUGGACAAAUAUGAAGUCUGUGUGAGACCCUUCUUCAACUCCUGCGACACGUACAGAGACGGACAUGUUUCCAUGGCUGAAUGGUGCUUCUGCUUCUGGAGGGAAAAGCCCCCCUGCCUGGCUGAGCUCGAGAAGAUCCAACUGCAAGAGGCGGUGCGGAAAGUGCCUGGCACCUUCAUUCCUAGUUGCGAUGAGGAUGGUUACUACAGGAAGCUGCAAUGUGAUACUUACUCUGGCGAGUGUUGGUGUGUUGACCAGCAAGGCAGUGAGGUGACAGGAACCCGGGUUAAAGGGAACCCUGACUGUGAGGAUGUGAUCAGUUUCUCCGGUGAUUUUGGCAGCGGAGUCGGCUGGGAGGAUGAGGAAGAGAAAGAGACUGAAGAGACUCCGGAAGAAACAGAGGAGGAAGAGGGUGAAGCUGGGGAGACGGAUGAUGGAGGCUACAUUUGGUAACACCGCAACAGCUGUCUGAUAAACACUGCUAACCAUUUGGCACAUGUUUUCCACCCUUCAUGAACAACUUUCACUCCUUCUGGUUAACUCAUCCUCUGUCCUACAGUGUACACUACCAGUUCCUGAUGACCACCUUGGCACCAGUGAGUGACACUGCUCGCUGCUUCAUUGCAUAUUAUUUUAUCACGCUUGACACUAAGGGGCACAGAAUGUUACCACCAAUGAAUGGCUAGACUCCCCAGUGAUAGUGCUGACCAGGACAAAUGUACAAUUUACAAUUUUAAAAAUCCAGAUUGUAUCACAAACAAUACAGAGAGGGGGAGGGGUGUGAGGGACUCAUUACUGUAGGCAAAGGUUGAAUAUCAAUAUCAUGAAAUAGAGAGGGAUGUGACAGCUGCUUCAUUUUAAAGUAAUGUUUGUGAAAGAUAUCGUGUACAACGUCAGCAUCUCUCACCCAUUGUCCCGUUACCCACUGACCCGUCACUCACUGCCUCCUCACCUACUGCCUCCUCACCUACUGCCUCCUCACCUACUGCCUCCUCACCUACUGCUCCCUCAUGCACCUCACACUCACCCGCCACUAUUCCUCCACUUAUCACACCUUCACCCACUGCCCCCUCACCCAUUGACCCCUCACCCAUUGCCCUGUCACCCACUGACCCUUCACCCACUGACCCUUCACUCACUGCCUCCUCACCUACUGCCCCCUCAUGCACCUCACACUCACCCAACCACAAUUCCCCCACUUACCACACCCUCACCCACUGACCCCUCACCCAUUGACCCCUCACCCAUUGUACCAUCACUCACUAUGCCCUUGCCCAUCGUUCACUGCACAUUGCUCCUUCACACACCACACCUGGCCCUCCCACUGUCACAUCCUGCAUGGUCUUACAAUGUCAACUCCUCAGCCAGUGCCCUUUGGAUAGUGCCCACCAGAAUGUGCCAGUAAUGUUUCUGCAAGUUUGCUUCAUUUGAAACUCAGAAAGCCCAUUCCAAAGUGGGAGAUAAAUCUGUGUGUGUGUGUAUGUGUGUGUGUGUUCAUAUGGUAGAGGGUACAGGAGCAGGAGACCAAGAAUAUUUUUGAAUGUGUUUCUCCAGCACCUCCACUGACUCAGAUACCAGAUCGGGGGAGA